GAGCAGCAUCCAAAACUCGCUCACACCACACAUACGUUGACAGCACCGAUUGAACAAGAAAGCAAGAAAACAAACACCGGCUGCUGCUUACUAAUCUUGAAGCCACAGUCUUAUCAUAUCAUUCUCUUGUUUUUUGAGCCAAAACUAGGCUGGAAGCUUGAAUAAUUUUGUGUGGUUGAAGGUGGUAUUGAAUAUUGACAGUGAUGGGACUUUCAACGCACAUUCUGGACACUAGCCUCGGGAGACCAGCCCCGGAUGUUGCCAUCACUCUGUACCGCCAAGUUAGCUCCCCCUGCUGGACCAAAGAAGGGGAAGGUCGUACCGAUUCAGACGGUCGAUUUCGUGGCUUUUUUGCCGAUGACUCAACCAAGUUCCAGGUUGGUGUGUACAAACUUCGCUUCGAAGUUGGACAGUACUACAAGCAGUGCCAAAUCGAUACAUUGUAUCCGUAUGUCGAGAUUGUGUUCACAGUCUCAGAUGCCAGCCAACACUAUCACAUUCCGUUGCUUUUAAGCCCGUUUGGAUAUUCGACUUAUAGAGGAUCAUAAUUCGGAUGUAAACUGUUUUUUAUUGAAUUAAAUAAUGCAAAAGGAUUAUCAAACCUUAACAAUAG